CAACCAGCGGCGUUUUCUUCAAUCGAAGUUUCGGCUGUUAUUAAAGAUACCGUGGCAGGUGCAUUAGCUAAUAGUGAAUUUGAUUCUUCAAAAAUAUCUUCGUGGGCGUCAGGAAUAAUUGAUCAAUGUCUGAUUCAACUUGCCAAACUUAAUAGACCGUUCAAAUAUAUUGUUACCUGUGUAAUAAUGCAGAAAAAUGGUAGUGGCCUGCAUACGGCAAGUUCUUGUUACUGGGAUGUGGCAACUGACGGUAGCUGUACGGUAAAAUGGGAGAAUACAUCAAUGUAUUGUAUUGUUACUUGUUUUGGCUUGGCCAUUUAA